AUGAAGCUUCACCACGGUUUGUUGUUCCUGCUGGGAACUCUUACCACCGCCGCCCUCGCAACCAACUAUACCACCGCCGACUUCUCAGAAUGUGUCGUGUCUUACUGGGAGCAAACCUACCCAGAUUGCCCAAUCACCGACACCUCAUGUGUUUGCACCAAAGAGUCCAGCCUGAUCGCCUACGCUUCAAGCGAAUGUACUCCCAAGGAGUAUUUCCACGCCAGACACCUCUUCGAACAAGAAUGUAAUAUUCGCCCUCGCGCCGGUCCUUCCCUCGUGGACCCGUCCGUUCUUGCGCCGCUCGUUCUUGCGACCGUCUUCUUCGUCAUCCGGUUAUGGGCCAAGUUCCAGGGUCUUGCGGGAGGCUGGGGGCCGGACGACACUACAAUUGCGCUCUCAUUUGUCUUUGGUGUUGUCGAAUAUGCCAUGUACGACAAGAUGAUCUACUACGGCUUUGGCCAGAACAUUUGGGACGUCCCGUUCGACGACAUCACGAAUUUCUAUAAGCACUUCGAGGCGCUGGCGAUGGUCUACAAGACGCAAAUCUCGCUCGCCAAGAUCUCCGUCCUGCUCUUCCUUCUCCGCAUUUUCCAGUCGCGCGUUUUCCGUACGUUUGCCUAUAUCAUGAUCGGCGUGAACGCUUCGAUCGGCAUCACUUUUGCGCUGGUCGACCUGCUCCGGUGCACCCCGGUGCACCUGGAUUGGGAUGGAUGGGCCACGAACUACGCCGGCGGAACCUGCAUCAACUUCAUUGACGCCAUUCUCGUGCACUGUAUUGUGAACAUUGUCGCCGACGUCAUCAUCGUCAUCCUGCCCGUGUACGAGGUUUCGAAACUGCAGCUGCCGACCGGCAAGAAGAUUACCGUGGGAAUGAUGUUCAUGAUGGGUUUGAUUUUGACAGUUGUUGCGAUUAUUCGGCUGGUUGUCUUCUGGAACCACCGCUGGGGCGUGAACCAAACUGCUGGUCUCCUCCCGCUCAUUCACUGGUCUGUCAUCGAGUCGCAAAUCGCCAUCCUCACGACGUGUCUCCCCGCCGCCCGAGCGGUGGCCGCCCACCACAUCCCGGGGAUGAACAGCCAGAACUCGCGACGGACCUACGCCUCGCGCGGCCCUUCCUUCAUGUCCAAGGGCCAAACCAACCCCAACAGCAAGAUCUCCAAGUCCGUCAAUUUUUCAGUUGAUUAUGUGUCCCGAGGACCGCGCGAUGACAACAGCGAGGUUCAUCUGGUGGAGAUGGACGGGAAAUACACUCGGGUCUGA